AGGAAACCCACUACGGAAAUCUCGGAUCUUGUUUCACACUUGCCUCUGACAGAAGUAAAGGCAGGGCCUUAAGACCAGACUGUACUGACUCAGAACAGAGUGCCAUCUCUUGAAAGACAAACAAAAACUGCUCCAAGUACUCAAGGGUGUUGCUUAGGUUUUGGGCACAAUAUUAUUUCUCCUUUAAUUAUCCAGAACCAGGAAAUUCUUACUUCCUGCAACAAAGAUUCUCAAGUGAUUCUUUACCUCAAACCAUACUGCUGGUUAAAGUUUACCCAUCCCAACUUGUUAAACUAGUUUAUUUUAAGUCCUUAAGUAUUCUCUCUUUAUCCAGUUUCCAAGUCUGAAAGAAUGCCCAGGAUGCUACUCAUUUGACGAGAAAUCACAAAGCAGCACAGAGGCAGAAGAGUCUGCAUUCUCAACGGUGUAUGAUGUACCAAUUGUACACCUUGAAGGUGGGAGACUACAUCUUAUUCAUCUUUCAAUCUUGAGCAGAAAAUGUUUGGCACACAGAAGAAACUUAUAAAUUUCAACUGAAUGAGUUCAUGACUGCCCAUGAUCUUCUGUUAAUACAGGCCAUCAAUACAGGACAGAAGAAGUUGUUCAUUGAAACCAUGGACGAUUGCCCUUAUUAUCACAGUUGUUGUGCUGGUUCUAGCAAUAAUCAUCGGGCUGCUUGUUUAUUACUUGGCAUUUGGUGAUAAUUGUGUCAGGCCGUAACUGACAACCAUGUGACUAUGAGAAUGUGUGAUCUUCACAAAGAAUUCGAAGGAGGUGUUGGCCACAGCUAUCAGAAGUUUCACUAUUACCAAGCCUCCUUUCAGAUUCCCAGUAUUGAAUAUAAUCCUGAUAUUUCAGUAGAACACUCAAAAAUUAGGACAGACCUGAAACAAAAAAUCAAUAAUGAGAUAGAUAAAAUAUUUCAAAGAUCCAGUUUAAAUCAUCAUUACAUCAAGUCUCAUGCUGUCAACUUUAGGUCAAGUAAUGAAGGUUUGAAAACAGAUGUAUUGCUUAAAUUUCAGUUUGUUUCUAAUGAUGCAGACACAAUAAAAAGGCAAGCUGAUGACAUUUUGCUACAGAAGUUGAGAUUAAAUGAAAGCUUCUUGAAGACAGAUACUUCAUCACCUUAUCUUAGAGAUAUAAGUAAACUACAUGCAGAGCAUAUCCUGAACAGCUGUUGUGGUUUAGGGAGGGAGUUCCCGUCCAUGGAAAGAAUUGCUAACGGUAAUGUUGCAAAGAGAGCUGAUUGGCCAUGGCAAGCCAGCCUUCAGGUGGAUGGUGUCCAUUUCUGUGGCGCAUCUUUGAUCAGUGAGGAGUGGCUCCUGACUGCUGCUCAUUGCUUUGACAUUUACAAAAACCCCAAACUCUGGAUGGCUAGUUUUGGAACAACUCUAAGCCCUCCACUAAUGAGAAGAGAGGUGCAGUCAAUUAUCAUUCACGAAAACUAUGCUGCCCAUAAGCAUGACGAUGACAUCGCUGUGGUGAAGCUCUCCAUCCCCGUCACAUUUUCCGACGACGUGCACAGAGUCUGUCUCCCAGAUGCUACUUUUGAAGCCUUGCCUGGGAGUAAAGUGUUUGUUACUGGAUGGGGAGCACUGAAAGCAAAUGGUCCCUUUCCCAACACUCUGAGAGAAGCUGAAGUAGAGAUCAUAAGUAAUGAUGUAUGUAACCGCAUUAGUGUAUAUGGUGGUGCUGUGUCAUCAGGCAUGAUAUGUGCUGGAUUCUUGAGAGGAAAACUAGAUGCCUGUGAGGGUGAUUCUGGGGGACCUCUGGUUAUAGCAAAUGAUAGAAACAUCUGGUAUCUUAUUGGAAUAGUAAGCUGGGGAAUGGACUGUGGAAAAGAAAACAAGCCUGGAGUUUAUACCAAAGUGACUCGUUAUCGGGACUGGAUUAAAUCUAAAACUAACAUCUAAUGCAGCAAUCACCUCUGCAACCAAAGUGCAAACGUCAUGUGUAGUCUCUAGCAAAUUGUGUUUAGUAUGUACUGUGAUGUGUAUUGUCAUCAGGUUUCAGAUGCAAAUAACCAUGAUCUGACAGCUCUCCCCUCAAAUGUGAAGAAAGCAGGCUUUCUUUCACGUCACCUGAAGUGUUUUGCUGACCAUGAGCAAACAAGAUACUGUUAAUGCCACAAAGAUCUGCCAUUGCUAAGGGUCUCUGAUUACCUCCUGCCUCACCUUUCUGUCCCCACUACACACUUCCUGUUUUAGAAUAAUCCAGCAGUUUAAUCAGAUAAGUGCUAGCUGGCUAAAUACUCUUUAUUUUUCUCCUGACAGAGCACACUGCCCUUCCCUAACUCCACAGUAUUUAUCUUCCUUGUCAAAUAAUGCUCAUUAAGAAUCUGUAGGUCCACUGUACCAGACAAAGCAAGGUAAUUCGCCUUGGCCAAUGCUAACAUAAAUGAUGAAGGGGCACUAGACAUGGAACCAGGACAUAAGAGGUGGCACUACUGUUAAGUCCUUUUCCCUUUGCCCUCAGAUGAGCAUUUAACCUCUUUCUGAAACUUGAAAAAAAAAUUGACAUUUACAUUUAUACCCAAUAGUGAAGAUUUUAAACCCUUUAAACAACUACACUAAUAUUGACUUUGGAACAAGAAAUAAAUCCUUGGAUCAGA